UAGAAUCACAUCCAAUUCUCUUUCAAAGUGAAUGGCAUGGUCUAAUUAUUGGCACUCUGCACUGAGCUUGCUGUAAGCCUUCACAUUUGGAAUUAGAGCUCAAUCAGCAGGCAGAAUAAAAACUGAAUAUGACUCUGACCUGGUAUAUUAAAUGCUAGGGGGAACGACUCCAUACAUGUGAUUCAGUAACAGGCCUACUUACCUAGUAAACAUGACAUAAACUCUGUGCUGACACACUGAGCUAGGAAUUGAUGAAACAGAUCAUUCUCCCUCUGAUCUCUCUCUCUCCCCCUCUCUUUCACUUUUUCUGUCGACAGGAGCAAGAGAACCAGAUUCACUGUCUUCGAGAAGGGACAUAAUGACAUAUCACAAUGGGAGCACUUUUCAUCCAAUCACAUUUUUCCUCAUUGGAAUCCCAGGUCUGGAAGAGGUCCAUGGCUGGAUCUCCCUGCCUUUCUGCUCUGUUCACCUUGUGGCUUUACUGGGCAAUGUCACAAUUCUGUGAGUCAUCAAGAUGGACCAGACCCUCAGGGAGCCCAUGUUCUACUUCCUGGCCAUUUUUUCAACAAUUGAUUUGGCCCUUUCAACAACCUCAGUACCUCGUAUCCUGGAUAUCUUCUGGUUUAAUGCUCAUGAGAUCAACUUUGGAGCUUGUGUGGCCCAGAUGUUCCUGAUUCAUGCUUUCACUGGCAUAGAGGCUGGGGUCCUGGUAGCAAUGGCCUUUGACUAUUAUGUGGCGAUCUGUGCUCCACUCCACUACACAACCAUCCUGUUGUCCCGGGUACUAAUGAGCAUCACUUUGUACAUUGUAAUUUUUACAGUCUUGCUUACACUUUCCAUGAUCUAUCUCAUCUACCACCUACCCUUUUGCCAGGCUCAUGCAAUAAUACCUCAUUCAUACUGUGAGCACAUGGGAAUUGCAAAACUGUCUUGUGGAAACAUCCGUGUCAAUGGUAUUUAUGGGCUCUUUGUGGUCUCUGUUUUUCUCCUAAACUCAGUCCCUAUUGGUAUCUCCUAUGUUUAUAUACUCCGGGCUGUUUUCCGUCUGCCAUCCCAAGAUGCACGGCUAAAAGCCCUAAGCACAUGUGCCUCCCGUAUUGCUGUCCUCUGUGUUUUCUAUAUCCCCUCACUCUUCUCUUUCCUCAGCCACCAAUUUGGACACUACAUACCCCACUAUAUUCACAUUCUUGUUGCCAACCUCUAUUUGGUUAUCCCACCAUCGCUCAACCCCAUCAUUUAUGGUAUGAGGACCAAACAAAUACGGGGGUGA